UUCGCCGAGCAGCCACAAGCCGAAGAGGUGAUAGGGCAAAAGUCAUCGCUACGAUGUUUGCUCUACACGCACGUCCAUACACAAGCACCGACUGCAUUGUUGGACGUUUUCACGAUGCAGAGUCGCCCCUAGUCUAGUCUCAGCUCUGGCCAACGCAUCUGCAGCGUGACCACUAUAUCUAAUCAUCUGUACUCCCCAAUCCAUCUUCGUGUACCACCCUCCCGUCACUCACGACUACAACGCCCAUCACGCGCCCACACAUCCGUCAGUCUCGGCCCCGCAACAUGUCUCACUCCGACGCAAACGCCGAUCUGGAUCCCGCGCUGCUCACGCAAGCCCAACUAGACCAGCUCUUCACCGCCAUCGGGAGGAGAAGUCAUAGUCCCAAUCCGCAAAGCAAUCAACACGUCGAUGAGUCGGGGUUUGAAUUCGGUGACCCAUACCCUACACCUCCCGAUUCCAACGCCCCUUCCUCGGCGCCUACACCAGAAGGCUCGUUUCAAGACCUGGAGUACUUCGCGAACGAGUACCCAACACCAGUUCUCGAUGCUCCGCAUCCGUAUCCUGUAACCCAACACUCGUUCUUCUCCUCGAGCCACCCCGUCGAGGACUAUCCCACCAAGCUCCAGCAGUCGUUCUUCACCUUCGACCCACCAGCCGCACAACCCGACUACCCCACCCGCCGCCGCUCCCUCAGCACCAGUGCCUUGGACCAUUCCGCCCUCGCUCACACCCAGCCCCCAAACCCGACAUUCAUCCGCCUCCAAGCCCCGCGCGCACGCUCCACAACCCCCGACCGCGCCGCCCGCCGUCGCCGCCCCCAGCACAGCCGCCACACCAGCUCGACGAAUGCGAGUCCGGGGGCGCCGAGAAGCACACCGGCGCUCGUGCCGACGCGCAUCGGCGACCCUUUCUACAUACCUCCUCUCGACGGGGAGGUGUUGUUUGAGCAUCCUCCGCAGACAGAGCGUAGUAUGAGGGUGAUUCAGAUUGGGGCGCUUGCGGUAAGGGAGGGGGCGGAGGGUGUGGUUUUGGGGCUGUUGGAAGAAGUGGAGGGGGUGCUUAGGGGGUCUGGGUGUAAGGUGUGUAGGGAGGCAUUGAGGAGGGUUGGGAAGAUCAGGGAGGUACUCGAGGGGAGGGACUGUGACAAUGAUGGCGUUCGAGUGUUUUGAUAUACUGUUACGAUGUAGGUGAGGCAAAGAGCAAAAGGCGCGAUUCGGCUUGUACUAGACUUGAUUGUGAGGAGUUGAAGGCGUUUAUAGACAGUGCGGGUACUUUUGAAUCUCAAUAGACUAUGUACACAUAACCC